AUGGCUGGGCCCCACCCUGUCUCCGUCGUGCAGGCCGGUUCAGUUGUUCGUCACCGAGCCGUCACUGUACAGCCCACCAGGAAUGGCAAAAAUCCGGGCACCGCCAAAGUCAAAGCGCCGUACCGCGUUGUGGAGGUCGAGAAGAAAGACCCACAGCCAAUCUCUAUGCUCGGUCUUGCUCUCACUGGUAUCAAUGUCAUCAGCAUCGCUGCCUACUUGGGCUUGCUCUUUGGUAAUGUGCUGCAGACAUGGUGGCGAGGUCAAGGGUUUCCCAAGACUCCUUACCUCUUCGCCCUCGGACAGUUCUAUGACGGCUUGUCACCGAUCGCGGAGGGAGUCUGGCGUAUUAUGGUCGGGCUUGCUCGUGAUCCCAAACCACGACCGAGCCUCCGCAUCCUCGGUACCAACGUUCCAGGAGUUGACGUCUUCGUUGUCUGCUGCGGAGAACCGGAUGAUGUCGUUCUAGACACAGUCAAAGCCGUCUGCAAGCUCGAUUGGCCUGAGGACAAGUUCAGAGUGAUCGUAGCCGACGACGGGAACAUGGAAAGCCUUCGUCUUGAAGUUGAGAAGCUGCAACAGAGACAUCAUAACCUCCACUACCACGCCCGCGAGAAACCCACUGAUAGACACCAUGGGUACAAGGCUGGCAAUCUCAACCAAACUAUGCGCGAGUUUGUUGUCGACCUUCCUGGAGGCCAGAAUGAAUUCCUGGCGGUGUUUGAUGCCGAUAUGAUGCCCGAACCUCAGUUGCUCCGAGCUCUGAUCCCACAUGCCCUUGGAGAUGAAAAGAUCGGGAUGGUCACUGCUGCUCAAUACCACUACAAUAUUCCGGAUGAUGAUCCCUUAUACCAGUCCAACAUGACUGGAACUACAGCUGAUGAUGGAAUUCGAGACUCGGUCAACGUCGCCUGGUGUCCGGGCAGUGGCUUUAUCUUGCGCAAGUUGGCGUGGUCGGAAAUUGGUGGCUUCCCGGAGUUCACCAUCACAGAAGAUCUCAUCACCAGCUGGUUCCUUCAUGGAAAAGGCUGGAGGAUCAUCUUGGUCCAUGAGGUUCUGCAAUGGGGAUUGCAGCCAGAUUGCAUCCUGACGCAUCUCAAACAGCGCCGACGCUGGUGGACUGGACACAUCCGUGACGCUCUCAAGAUGAAUUUCACCUUGUGUGACUCUCGUCUUAAGGAAGCAACGCGGCUUCAACGCAUCGCGAUGUUCCACCAUAGCUGUCGACCAUAUUUGAUGACGGUAACGAAGCUGGCCAAUACCGUUAUUAACUUUGUCUGCCUUUAUCGCGGCCGGCCUAUCAUUGCCACUCCGACUCAGAAUGCACUAUACUGGGCUGUCAUGUUCCUUGGUAUCGUUCGUCUGCUGGCGUUGAUUGGCGAUGUCGAAUCGGUCUUUGGUCAAUACUACCUGAAUAUCCGUCGUCGCACUGCAACAGGAGUCUGGAUGGGACACCACUUCUCCCGCGAUGUCUUACAGACGCUGCUCCCAAAGCGGCUGGGUGGUCUUCGUCUUGGGUUCAAAGUGAGCGGUGUUGGAGGUACUUCCGUCAAAGAACGAGAUGUGAACAAUCGUCCAUCUCUUCUCAAGAGACUCUGGAAUCUCCAUCGCCGUGAGGGUAUCUUGUGGCAUGUUGUUCUCUUCUUCGUCAUGUCUAGUGUGGUUAUCUCCAGAUUCUGGGCUGAGAUUAAGGCAUCAACUGUCGACGGCAACUUCAUCGCUGACAAGGUGUUUUGGCAUCGUUUCAUCGCUUCGGUCGGUUUUCCUGGCCUUGCCCUUGUCGAGACUAUUCCUCUGUACCUCACACCAGUCAUCUAUGCCAUCUGGCCACCGACAAUGCCGGAGCGUCGUGACAGCAUGGUGUAUAACGACAAAACCGGUCUCUGGCAACCGAUGGACAAGUACAGAUCAAUCAAGUGGACUGCAGCUAGCUAG